AAAUCGAAGUCAUGGAAAUCGACGGCCCUGCGCCUAAUGUUCCGCCCAACACUGGCGCCGAAAUACAGAUAAUCGUCAAAACGCGCGGCAGGCGAAUCCCAAUACAAACGCAGUCGUCGGCAACCGUUGAGGACAUCAAAAUAUGCAUCCAGGAUAAAGAAGGCCGCUACACUCAAAUACCGUGUUUGGUAUUUCGGGGGCAGAGGCUAGAGAUUGGCAGGACUAUGUCGAGUUAUGGCGUUCAACAAGAUUCCAUCUUGCACGUGGUUUGGAUCCAUCCCAGAUUUGAAUCGAUCACAUUGCCGGAUGGCACCGAAGCAGAACACCAACUUGAGCAAUGAAGAAAGAAAAUGGUGUUUGCACGGCUACAGACUAUCAACCGAGUUUCUUCUAAAUCUAAUUCCAACUUCGCACCUUGUUGCUGGGUGUUUCCAUGCACCUCAUCCGCCCUGUUUGUAGAU